GUAGUGUAGUUCAGCGCCUGCUACUCGGUAGAGCGCGAUCGAAUUGGGUAAAAAAACAAACGAAACAUUCAAUUUAAAACGAUACGAAACACGCGGGGUUGUUUCUCGAUUUACUUAAAGUACGAAAACAAAAAGCGAAAUAUAGAAGAGGUAUUGAAAUAGUGAAUUAUUGAUUUUGAAAUCUUUUACCGGAGUGAAAAAUGUAUUGUCUGUGAUAUAUAAACAUAGAAGGAAUCAUGAAGGCCAGUGUGGUGAUUUUUUUGUUCUACAUUGCGAGUGGCCUUUCCGAAGGGUACUACAACGUGAUAGGCCCUCGUGUCAUCCGCCCAAACAGCGUAUAUCAUUGCGCUGUUAGCCUGCAAAGCAUCUCAGAACCCACCUCCGUCACAGUCACUAUCCAGGGCACCUCCUUCAACGGCACGUCGUUCUUCACCAGGGACCUGGUAAUCGUCCAGCCGUAUUCCUCCAAAAUAUGCGCCCUCGAAGUGGGCGACUUAACAGAUGGAGACUACAAACUAAUAGUCCAAGGCUCGAGCGGUCUGGACUUUCUCUCAGAAUUCCCCUUGGAAUUCAUCGACAAGAGCUACUCAGUCUUUGUCCAAUCCGACAGACAAGUCUACCAACCGGGUUCCAAGAUCUUAUUCCGUGCCAUCGUCCUAAAUUCCCAGCUGAAACCCGCUGUUGAACUGAGAAACGAACCACUGCACAUCUUCAUAUCUGAUGGGCAAGGGAACAAGGUGAAGGAAUGGAAGGGGGUGGAAGCCAUCAGGGGUGUGUUUACGGGAGACCUGAAGCUCAGCGACAAUCCCGUGCUGGGUAACUGGAAUAUAUCCGUGAUGAUCCACGGCCAGACAUACAACAAGACGGUGGAAGUUGCUGAGUACGUCUUGCCCAAGUUCAUGGUCAACAUACAAACUCCCAAGCAUAUAACUUUCAAGGAGAACGUUAUCAUCGCUAACAUAGACACGAAAUACAGCUACGGAGAAAAGGUGAAGGGAAACGUGACAGUCACGGUAUUUCCCACUAUUUUCUCGGGAGUUCUCCAGCCAAUCUUUCAGACUCCUUAUCGUAAAGUCCUGGAAAUAGACGGGUCAACCACAGUCCAGUUCGACAUCGACAAAGAUCUCGGUUUAAACGACGAGUAUGAAAGGAACGUUGUGAUCGACGUCGUCGUCGAAGAAAAACCCACGGGACGUAGGCAGAACAACAGCGUGGCGGUCCACAUCCACAAAUACGACUACCAUAUGGAACUGAUUAAAACAGCUAAUUACUUCAAGCCAGGAUUGAAGUACACUGCUUACAUAAAAGUAACCAACCACGAUGGGACGCCAGUGAAGUCUGGACCUUUGGAUGUAACAGUCAGGCACGGAUACUCAAGAGUUGAUGAAGUUUACGAAGUCACCAAACACAGACUGGAUCAAAAAGGGGUGAUCAAAUUGGAGUAUAUUACUCCAGUGGAGGUUACCAAUGCAACAGCUCUUCGAAUAGAAGCCGAAUUCCGAGACUUAAAGGAAAGAAUCUCCCCCAUCCCGGCGGCUGUGUCCUACAGCAACAACUUCCUACAAGUCAGCCUCGAGAGCGACAGGCCCAUCGUCAACUUGGACGUGGAGGUUGGGGUGAACUGCACCGAGCCCUUACGGUACAUCAACUACGUCCUGAUGGGCCGUGGAGACGUCCUCCUCACCAACACCUUCCAAGUCGACAACAAAAGGGAAUUCAAAUUCCAUUUCGUGGCCACGCACGCCAUGGUUCCGGUUUGUCACUUGAUCGUGUACUACGUCAGGUCUGACGGAGAGUUAGUGGGGGACGCUUUGGAUAUCGAGGUGGAUAGACUGCUGCAGAAUUUCGUCGAUGUACAAGUUAACACCUUGGAGACCGAACCUGACUUAGAUGUGGAAUUAACGAUAAGGGCCCAACAGAAUUCCUACGUAGGGUUGUUAGCGGUGGACGAAAAUGUGGCUUCGCUCAGGGAGGGCUAUGAUUUAUCGAUGAAGGGAGUAGCCGAUGAGCUGAAGAGGUACGACGCAGCAAUGGGAACGCCGUAUCCGCAGUUCAAGAAGAACGCCAAGCAACAGUUCGAGUGGAAGCCGGGCGCGAGCAACCCCCAUUCGGCUGUUUAUGAAUCUGGAGCUGAUCUUUUGACGAACGCCCAUGUCAACAGGUACCAGCCUACACUGGAGGACAUUUACUUGCGGCCAGUAUUUUACGGUUCCUCAACCGUUAAGCCAGACCGUGGCUUCGGCCUCCCCCUCCUCUCCGUAACAAGACCUCCGCUAGAUGGCCCUUACGCCUUCAGCCGAAUCCCUCGUCCCGUUUGGAACAAACCCAAGGUCUACCUCACUCACGACAUAGCGCCAACCUGGCUCUUCAACAACUUUUCCUCGGGUCACGAGGGGAAGACUUCCUUAAGGCGGAGAGUCCCAGGUUCUCUGAACACCUGGACCAUCACCGGUUUUUCCCUGGAUCCUCUUCACGGCCUUGGCCUCGUGACCUUACCGAAGAAACUGAAGGUGUCCAAAGCCUUCGCCGUUACUUUGGAACUGCCUUAUUCCGUUCAAGUAGGCGAGAUUUUGGCUGUGCCUGUGGUGGUGAGCAAUUACAUGAACGUAGACGUUAAUGUGGAAGUAACGCUGCACAACACCGGACAGAAAUUCGAAUUCGCCGAAGUUUCCAAUGAAGUUAGCGAUACUAAGAAAGUAGAACUAUACCGAAGAAAGAAUAUUAGCGUGAAGAAAAACUCUGGAACUUCUGUUUCUUUCAUGAUAUUAGUGACAAAGAAAGGACCUGUGGAGAUAAAAGUAACCGCUAACAGUCCAAGAAGCCAGGACGUAGCAGUGAAGCAGUUACUCGUGUUGCCUGGCGGUGAAACCGAGUACUACACCAAGUCGGUUCUUCUCGAUUUAAGAGAAACUCGCAACAUCAAACAGUCCAUCAACUUCACGAUUCCUAAGAACGUCGUAGAAGAUUCGGAAAAGGUAGAAGUAUCGGUAGUGGGCAGUUUCCUCGCACCUGCCAUGGUCCAUCUGGAAAACCUCAUUAGAUUACCCACGGCAUGCGGAGAGCAGAAUUUGGUCCGUUUCAUGCCGGAUUUGAUCAUUCUGCAAUACCUGAGAAGCACCCGACAAAUCAAUCCAACGAUAGAGAACGAGGCGAUUCGAAAUUUGGAAACGAAUUACCAAGCACAGCUGACUUACAAGAGAGACGAUGGGUCUUUUAGCCCGUUUGCUUCCAGAGACGGUAACGGAAGUGUUUGGUUAACGGCUUAUACUCUUUUCGCACUGAAACAAGCCAAACCGUUUAUCUACGUCGAUGACAACAUUAUAGCAAACGCACUGAACUGGUUGUUGGAAGUUCAAGGCAGAAACGGCAGUUUUUACGAAACUGGAAAUGUCCUACAUAAGGAACUGCAAAGCAGGGAUGGAAAUAGUUUAGCCCUUACGGCAUACACAGUCUUGUCCUUCAUUGAAAGUAACCAGAGAAGCAACCCUCUUGUUACAAACGCCAUAAACAAAGGCCUGGACUACAUAGCCAGAAACAUAGACGAACAGGAAUCAGCGUACACUAUAUCUCUGUGCAGUUACGCCCUUCAACUAGCAAAGCACAGCUCGAAGCUGGGAGUUCUAAACCUACUAGACGCCAAAUCAAAGUCCAAAGGCAACGUGAAGUGGUGGGCCAAAGACACCCCUUCCAAUGAAGACAAGAAUCCUUGGAGGAACCUACCUAGAUCCAUCGAUAUAGAGACGACGUCCUACGGACUGCUCUCCUUCAUAGAAGCCAAUUUACUCUCCGACGCUGUUCCGGUCUUAGAUUGGUUGCUGAAUCAACAGAACAGCCUCGGUGGUUUCACCUCGUCCCAGGACACUGCCGUCGGCUUGCAUGCCCUGUACAAGCUGGUGACCAGACUGGCCAGUCCUACUAACAUGCAAGUGGAAUUUGAGUAUGGAAAGGAGGGAACGGGCAAGUUCAGCGUCAACAAGAACAAUAUAAUGAUCCUGCUCAAUACGGAGAUAAGCAAAGACUCCAGAGAAGUAAACGUGACGGCUCAAGGAACGGGCCUCGCCGUCUUCCGCGUCUCCUACCGAUACAACGUGAACGUCACCGGGCCCUGGCCCUUGUUCACCUUAGACCCACAAGUGGACAAGAUCUCCAACAGAAACCACUUGCAGGUUUCGAUAUGCGCGGGAUUCGUGAGCCGCAACCUGUCGGAAACUAGGGAGAGCAACAUGGCGGUCAUGGAGGUGACCCUCCCUUCGGGAUUCACCAUCGACGUAGACUCGUUGCCUAGCCUGGAAGUGUCCCAGAACGUACAAAAAGUAGAGACCAGCCACGGGAACACCAAAGUGAACCUUUACUUCAACAACAUAACCGUCGAGGAGUACUGCCCGACGAUAUCGGCGUUCAGAACGCACAAAGUCGCCAGACAGAAGCCCGUGCCCGUCGUUUUAUACGAUUACUACGACAGCUCGAGACGGGCGAGGAUAUUUUACAACGGCCUCACUUCCACGUUAUGCGACAUUUGCGAAGGCGAGGAAUGCGGGGAUAUUUGCCAGAAAGGCGCCAGUUCCGAUCCUCAGGUGCGGGAAGUUGGGCAGUCUCCCGAUUCGAGCACGAGCAAUCACGCGCCCGUCUGGAUACUCGCUUUCUCAGUUGGAUUCUUGAUCUGGCGUUGACGACAUCCACCGAUUAAUUAAACUAAUUAGCGAUUACCAAAUUAACAGAUUCCUAUUUAAUUAUUAACGCUGGGAUGUAUAUAAACUAACGUACAUUGUAUAGAUAACUGCUGUGAUGUCCUGUGGCGGGUCGGGGUACCGUAGUGUUGAGCAAAAACGCGUAUACGUUGAAUGUAAACUGGAGUGAUUAUGUUGAAUGUACGAGCUCUAAUAAUAUCUGAUGGAAUUUUUAAAUAUAGUUUUCCAAAUUCACUUCAACUAUACAAAUAAUAUUUCUGAUAAAUUCGGGCUUAUUUUUACGGUAAAUAAGUCACCUACCUCUCCUUGUUCCCAAGAUAGCUUGUUUUAUAACGUUAAUUGUUAAUCAACUACUGGACGUAUCGGAGCGGGAUUUUAAAAACAAUUAAAGAAAGAGUUAAAAUAAUAUUCUCAAAAAGUUUUACAUUGACAGCUCGUGUAAUAAAAGCGCUAGCAGCAGUAAACGUUAACGUUAAUGAACGGCCUGCACACGGGAGAAAGAGCGCCGAGCCCGCGCACGCGCGUGAACGCCGCCCUCGACGUCGCGCGAGGUUUUUUAACCGAAUUUGAAACGUUCAAGGCAAAAAAUUCGCGCGCGUCCGAGAGCGGCGUUCACGCAUAUGCGCGGGCCCGGCGCGCGUUCUAAUAAUGUCUACUAAUAAUUUUUUCAAGUUUUCAAGAAGAAUAUUAUCGAAAACAGUUCCACAAUGAAGACGGUAAUGUAAAAUACGGUUCUGUGAUAUUAUUAACUGUUAUUGCCAAAAUUAUCGCUCCUUCCACCAUUUAGUUGUUAGGGCUCAUAUACAGGGUAGGAAAGUACCGAUGGUCUAUCUGAAGUUACGUGAGAGCGAUAAAGUA